AUGAGCGUCCUUGGGGUAUUGGACGGAAACGACUACUGCCUUUGUCACCUCGACUUAGAGCCUCGCAACAUUCUGGCCAGGGCCCCCUCGCCAACUCAGCCGCAAACUGUCAUCGGCAUCCUCGAUUGGGACAUCGCACUAUUUGUUCCGCCUCUCAUGUCUUGCUCGCCCCCAAUGUGGCUGUGGGCGUGGGAUGAAGAGGACGAAUAA